UCAAUUUCGAAAUAAAACUUCAUUUGAAAUAUUUUUAUUUUGUAGUAUAAUUUACAAAAUCAAAAUUUUCUUUCAAUCAUUGGCAAACUUAUUUUUUUCUGGUUUGAAAAUUUAAAUAAAAUCUGAAAAUGAAUACCAACGAAAAUCCAUUAAAUUUGACGGCUACCCCGGGAGUUGCGACAAAUGUCGCUGGAGGUGUGGGUUAUAUUGUCGAUAUAAUUGUUAUACGUUUGGAAAUAAGCGACAAGGAUGCCAAACAAUUGGUGGACAAAGAUCCCUCCUUGCUGGUGGUGGAGGCAACAUUCAAUAGAGAAGAUCUGAAAAUUACUUCAAGCCGUAUUAAUGUCAUUGAAUUCAAGUCGGGUAAAAGUUUUGAAUUUAUCGAAAAUCCCAGUGUGCUCAAAGAUGAUUUAAUGAAAAAUAAAUUGAAAUUGAAAAUAAAACAUGCCGGAAAGGAUUUGGGUAUUGCCGCUGUGGAUUGGCCGGAGAGCUUUUUAAAUUGUCUCAUCGAUCCUGCAUGUAUGGGAGAGUUGACACAUGUCUUUGAAUCGGAAUAUCGUAAUUGUGAUACCGAUAAGAAAUGUGGAACGAUUGAGGUGAUUGUGAGGCUACAAACAAAAUGUUCGGAAUGGAACGACGAGGAUGUGUGUGGACCUCGAGAAGAUGUUGCCAAGGCCGCAAAUAAAAUAAUUGAUCCCAAUGACAUUUUAUUUGUGGUGGGUGAAGAUAAAAAUCCCUGUUGCUGUUCCCAGGUUGGCCUGAUACCUGCCACCGAUUCGGAUAAAGCAUUGCAUCCUACUUGCUUGGAUCUGUCCAAUUUUCGUUCUGUAAAUGGGAAAACUGUACCUAAUACUGAUAUACUGAAUACAUUGGAUCCAGCUUGUGGGGAAUUGAAAAAGGUCACCAAUCAAUACCAAAAGCUAAUCGAUUCCCUAAUGGGUAAACCAAAACCCUCACCCUGCUGUUCGAAGAAAGCGGAAACACAAGCCCAUCCUGAUCCAUGCUUAACUUCGUGCAACACGAAUAAACCGGUCGCCAGUAGUUCAUGUACCGAUUUUAACCCAACGAAUAAUUAUAACCAUAGCCAAAUGUCGCAGUCAAAUGUUUGUUCGGAUGAGGGUCUCUUUGCACCCGAAAAUAUUGUGAAUUUUUGUCAUAAGAAUUCGGUGCCAGAAUUAAUCGAAAAUGUUCCUGUUCAGUCAAGGUGCUGUCCUCUAUGUAAAGAAAAUCUCUCAUGGUUACCGAAAUUGGCGGCAUGUCCAAAAUGUGGAUAUAAACCCAUACCGCAAUUUGAUGAGAAACCCUAUAACGAUCAGCUGACUGCCAAUGAAAUUCUACUCGGCUAUAUGGAAAAAGGAUCCUCAUGUGGUGACGACGAAGACCCAAUUGAUAAGAACUGUCCACAAACAGACCAGUCAAAAUCCCACUGUCGCUGCACUUGUAACCCGAAGAAGGUUUGCGCCUAUUGUCGUAUACGAAAACUUUGUGCAGAUGUAUUUCAAUCCGAUGGCCAGCGCAAAGAAGAUGAAUGUGGAAAAUGUGAAACAAAAUCAUCGGAACUAUAUAAUAUUUGUAAAACCAAUAGCAAGGAUUGUCGUCCACAUUUGACGAGGGUCUUCUCCGAGCUGAAGGAUCUUUAUGAUAUACGCGAUAUAAAGAAGAAAGAUUUCGAAAAAGAUGAACGAUGUGAAAGAGAAUUAAAUCGUGGCAAGGGCAACCAAAGGGCGUGUGAUAAACAAAAUAAAGAGAAACUGAAUUGCCGAACAAAAGCCAAAGGUCAAGUGGAUGAGUCGGAAAGAAGGCAGUUUUUGGUGAAGAAUUUCCAAAGCGCGCGAAAAGUUUGCCGUGGCAAAGCCUACAAUUACCGCAUGGUCCGCAAAUAUCCGGGCGUACAGGUGGGACACAAAACCUGCAUCAAUGGUUUUGCUGGUCGUAAAAAUGUCCCUCCCAAUAUGGGUUGGUUGUGGAAUGUAGAAGCCAAGGGCAUAAGGGCCGGUUGGAAACCUGGUGCCAUACGCAAACCCAUUAAGGAGUUAAUGAAAUAUUUCCUACGUGAUUUCCCAGCAGAUACUUUGAGGGUAUCCCAAUAUUCCUAUCGACGUCGCCGUAAUGGCUAUGGUAAUCAAGGUGGAGAAGAAGAGGAAGAAUUGCUACAAAAACCCACUUUGCAUAUUUGUAAAAAGAAUGGUGAAUAUUUCAUAACCCUGCGGCCACUUAAGGACCCCGAGGCACUCAAAGAAUGUGCCGAUCCAUAUCUGAAUAUGCAACCUAUACAAUUUAAAAUUAUUAAAAAUCCUCUGGCCAUGGAAAUGCGUAAACUUAAGAAAUGCCUCAAGGGGAUGGGCUUCAGCAAAUGCACAUGCCACAAACCCAUUGUGGAUUGUUUUUGUCGCAGUUUCUUGGAUAAGAAACGUCUGGAAUAUCAGUGUAACAAAGAGGCACGGAAUAGGAAACUGCCCUUGUGUAAUGAUAGCCUGGUACUAUCCGAUACAACGGAGAGUGAAACGGAAUUUGAUUUUGGUGUUACACCCCCAGCUGGGGUGAUAAAACCGGAAAGGCUUAAGAAACGUAAUUUUGUCAAUACUGGCAGUCAGUACGAUGAACAGGAUUGGAAUGUGCCGCCGCUGUAUCCCAAGGAGCCCAAUAAGUAUAUGAAAUUAUAUAAUUGUGCGAUUGGAGAGCGUUUUGGCAAAGCUUUUGGACCCUAUGGUCCGGGGGGUUAUACCCCAGGAGCGGUGCCAACGGCUGGAGUCUAUGGCGGUUGUGGUGGCCGAGGAGGUGGCGGUAAGGCCGGUGGUCGUGGUGGUGCCGCUGGCAGAUGGUCCGCAGGAAUGGGUGGUAAAGGCAAGGGCGUUGCUGGAGCCAAGGGUUCUGCAAAUAAACCUAAUCUUCCAGGUGGUGGCACCGUCGACAUGAUGAAAUAUUUGAAUAAAUCCAAAGGUCGUAAAUUAUCACCAGCUGAAUUGGCUGAGAAGAGAAAGAAACGUCUGCGGGAAUUAGCCGGUGUGGCUCCACCCUUGAUUUGCAUGGUCGAUAGACGUGCCAAGCCCGUCGAUCCCUGUAUUAUUCCUUGUCAGCCGUUGACUUGUUGUGGUGAUGUCUGUUUGCGUGAUACUCGUAUUUGUUAAAUUAAUAUUCAGAAAAUAAUAAAAAAAAUCAAAAUUAAAUCCAAAAGAAUAUAAUGAAAAAAGCUUUUUUAAAAAAAUAUUUUUAAUAAAUAAUUAUACAUUUGAGGCAGUGCAAAGGUUA